AUGAAAUUGGGACGACCGAGUGUCAUCCAGAGUGUUCAUGGCUUGAAUGCGGUCUUGGGUAUUGUGCUCUGUGGGUGUUUGAUUGGCACCGCCACCAAUAUCCAGUCGUUUGUGUCCGAAGGCUCAGCCAUCGCCGGUUUUGGCAACUAUAAUGUGUUUGCUUAUCCGGCCACAUUUGUCUACAUGCUGAUUCCGGCCGUAACAGCCACUGUCUACAGCUUCAUUCUCAUGUGCGACAGGUCAUCCGGUUAUGAAGCAUGGCGUCCAUCGAGAACCAUGGUGAGCAGUAUUGCUUGUUUUGCUGGAGCGGUGCUGCUGGCAGCAGUGUUUCCGUUAAUUCCGGGAGCCGACAUCAUCACCCAGCCGUAUUCCAGCGUCGAGUGCAGUUGGCGGGAUUAUAUGGUGUGGGAAACCAUUUACAACAACCCCGAUGUAUUUCCGUGGGUGCUGGAUAUGGGCAAGGCCUGUACCUGUUUUCGAGCUUCCGUGGCUUUUUGCUGGCUCGUGGCGGUUGGUUGGAUAGCCCAGACCAUUCUCUACUGGCGCAUCGCCAAACGGCCGCUUCCCGCCUCGCUUGACUUCAAAAAUACUUGGCGCAUGUCCACUGUGAACCGUCUCUCCAAACCAUCACCGGAUCAAGAACCCUACCCACUCCCCAGCUACCUUGUCACUGGGGAAAAGCAUGAAAUGUCGACCUAUUAA